UGUGCCUUAUUAAAAAUUUAUGUUAUUAAAUGUUGAUGAAAUUGUUGUGCUUCUAUGACAAUUUAUUAAAAAUAAAUUAAAAAAAAAAAAACUGCAGUGCAAAAAAAAAACAUAAUUAUGUCAUUUUUUAUGAGAAAUAAAACUGCCAAAGGCCCCAACAAACGAAAGGUUGAUGAACAACAAAAAGGUCAUGGUACAAAAUUUACAAAUAAAAAAAAAAAAUUUAAUGAACUUGAUAAUGAAAGUAUUGCUAGUAGUGAUGAAGAAUAUGCUGAACAAAAUAAAAGAGAUGAUGAAUUGUCAAAUUCAUCAGAAGAUGAUCAUGAAACAGCACAAGAAAAAAAAUUACGACUGUGUAAAAAACGUCUUGAAGAAAUGCAAGAAUAUGAAAAUGAUAAAGCUGAAUUUAAUGAAGGAGCAAUUGCAAAACGUUUAAGAGAAGAAUACCUUGAAGAUAAAGGUAAAUUGCGUAAAACAGUUGCUGAUAAUUAUACUGGUUAUGAUAGUUUUAUUUAUUUAAAAUGUAAAGAUCAUAAACAAUCAAUAACAAGUAUAUGUAUAAGCAGUGAUGGUAAAUAUUUAUUUAGUGGUUCAAAAGAUGGUUCCAUUGUUAAAUGGUCAUUAGAUAAUAAUAUUAAAAUUAAAUCAAUACCUGGUAAAGGUAAAUUACCAGAUGGUAUUAAAACAGUUGUUUGUCUUGCUGUCAGUACAAAUGGAAAAUUCUUGGUUGCUGGUGAUAUUGGAACAAAACUCAUCAAAGUAUUCAAUGCUGAAACAAUGGAAUUUAUUAAAAAUUUACAAGGACAUCGUGGAUAUGUUACUGGACUUGUUUUUCGUAAAGAUACAUCAACACUUUAUUCAGCAGCUGAUGAUAGAUGUGUCAAAGUUUGGAAUUUAGAUGAUAUGGCAUAUGUUGAAUCACUCUUUGGACAUAAUAUGUCAAUAACAUCAAUUGAUGCAUUGGCACGUGAACGUGCUAUUACAAGUGGUGGAUUUGAUAACUCAAUAAGAGUAUGGAAAAUUGUUGAAGAAUCACAAUUAAUAUUUAAUGAUACUGGAAAUUUUAUUGAAGCUGUUAAGCUGAUUAAUGAAGAAUAUUUUUUAAGUGCUGGUGAUGGAAAUUUAUGUUUAUGGGGUUCAAUGAAAAAAAAACCAUUAUGUACUGUUUUAAAUGCACAUGGUAAUGAUGAUAAAAAUGGUGAAUCAAGAUGGAUAACAUCAAUUGCAACAUUAAUUAAUACUGAUUUAGUUGCUUCAGGAUCAAAUAAUGGAACAGUUAAAGUAUGGAAAUGCAGUAAUUCAUUUAGAUCAUUGAAUUUAUUGUUUGAAGUUAAUAUUAUUGGAUUUAUAAAUUCAAUGGUAUUUACACCAGAUGGUAUGAAUUUAAUUGUUGGUGUUGGAAAAGAACCUAGGCUUGCACGUUGGACAACAAUGCGUGAGGCAAAUAAUAGAAUUGUUAUUAUUCCUUUUGUAAAAAAAAUAGCGUAAUACAUUCUAAAUAAAUUGUAUGAAUUUUUUUAUUUCUUAUUCUAUUCUAAA